AUGGGAUGUGGUGCAAGUGGAUUGAAAGAUUGUAAAUCAGAAGUAGCCGAAUCGACAAAUGAUGAUCAUGCUGAUAAUACAGAAAUAGAAACUGAAGAAAACAAAGAAACAAACACUAAUCAUAUAGUUCCUGUAUUAUCAAGUAAACAAUUGGAUCUUCCAUCAAAUAAUAGUCAACAUGAUGAACCCAAAGAAGAAAUUCCAUACAAUCAAGAAACGCCAGACGUUUCAGCGAUUACCGAGCAACAACCAGAUUUAACAAAUGAUGUGAAUCAACCUCAAGAAUAUAAUAAAACUGAUGACAAUGUAACAGAAAAUUAA